CUCUCUCUCACUCUCACUCUCUCUCCAACUUCAUGUUUUACUCCUUCCCUGGGCCUCCCUCUUCACUGUUUUUUCAACCCAUUCCUCGCAAUUCCCCUCUCUAAUCUCACUUUCAUACAUUAAAAAAGGGCAGUAGGUCAAAUUCACAGAAAUUCAUCUAUCCAUCCAUAUAUAUAUAUAUAUAUGUGCCCAAGAGUGUAUGUACCUCUCAAAAUCUCCAAUGGCCCAGGUGGGCAUAUUAAAGGAAAAGGAAAGAAUUAGGAAGGAAGAGGAGGAGAGACGUGCCUUGAAAUGUCUGCCAACCAAAACCCACCUCACAGAUCCAACCAAAAUCACAAUAAGUAAAAAAAAAAGGGAGAAGCUUCUUUCCUGUUUGGUCUGAAAUGCCCUUCUGCAACACACAAGCGAUAAUGAAGCAAAAAAAAAAAAAAAAAGGGGGGGGGUUCUUUUCCCGUUUCCAUCUUGAAUCACUACUACUCCUAGUUCUGUUCUGUCUCAAGGUCUCUCCAUAAAGAAAAGACAUUUUUAUUACACACAUGAAGUUAUGUGGUGGCUUCUUUCCUUUGGGUUUCUCUUUGGUCUUUGGUCAGAGUUUCCCAGAGGAAACAGGAAGGAAUUACCCAAAACCUAAUCCUUUCGCCUUCUCUUCAUUCUCUCUUCCCCCCCCCCCCCUCUCUCUCUCUCUCUCUCUCUCUCUCUCUCUUCCUCUGUCUCUUUCAUCUUUUUUUCCCCCAAUCUCUUUGUUGGCUCUUGCGGUUCAUCGUUCUUUGAGGAGAUCCAACGAGGGAGAUGAAGAAGGAUUUUGCCUCUGCUGCGUCGCGCGAAGAUCCCAGGAUGAGAUUCAAGCAUGAAAUCCUUUUGGAGGACUAUCGAGAGUUGGAGAAGGAAAACGAGGUCAGGAGAAGGAAUCUGGAGAUGAUGAAGCAGAUAAGAUCGACUCUCAGAGCAGAAGUGAGGUUCCUGAGGCAGAGAUACAAACACUUGAGCAGAGACAGAGCUCAUGAAUUCCAACCGGAGAAGAUGAGAUUGCCGGAAACUGGAGAUUUAAAGAUUCCAAGUAAAGUUAACACCAAGAGGAAGAAGCAAACUGGGAAGGAAUCACGUCUCGAUUUGAACAAGAACGGUAUAAUGUACAGUGGGAAGGAAGAUACAAUGGCGUAUUCAACUGGUGACUCGGGCAAGAAGCAAAAGAGGAACAGAGGAAACCAUGGAAACGAGGUUUCGAGAACACCCAUGUCGCUUCCCGACCUUAACCAAUCAGAUAGGAUAUGCAAUGUAGACGGGAACACUUCUAGCAGCUGCAAAGUUCCUGUCUUUGACCUAAAUGAGAUCACUAGAGAAGAAGAGGAAUCUCAGGCUAAUGGCGAACAGAUCGGUGUCGAGGACAGGAAGAACACAAUGCCCGACAUUGGGAACGAUGAGUUGCAGGGUGAAAUAAAGUUGGCAAUUUGCAGAAACUUGAAGAAAGGGUUGAGUAGAGCUGGGAAGAGGAAGGUUUCAUGGCAGGAUCCUGUGGCUUUAAGGGUUUGAGUAUAUAGUUCUGUUAGUAGUGCUGGAGGAUUCAUUAAGCUUCCCGAGUUUCACCAAUAUGCAUAUACAUUUAACAUAUGGGUCUGAUUGAUUGAAUGAUUAUAUAUAUAUAUAUAUAUAUAUUAAUAUA